UAGUCCAGCGAGUAAAAGAAUCUAAUCGAAUUACAAACCAUUGUAUUUCCACCAACAAACAAGUAAGUAUUGAUCAAACUCCCUGUCAGUCACUGGGUAAGACACGAGUAAUUGCUCCUUCUUGUGUCUUGAGUAAUAAUUUGCCCAAAAAAUGUUCAAGUUCUUUAUUGAUACUUGCGGUUGGCGUCUGCUGACAGAAAAACUUGGUACAUAAAUUAAACCAAUCAGUGUACGUGUAAGGACCUACAUCGUUCGUAUAGUGUUAUUUUCCUAUCAAACUAAAUGUCUCAGACCAAAGAAGAACAAGUUUCCUCGUUGGAGGACCCAACUCCUCCAAAACCAGGUCCAAUUUCUGGUUCAGUCGUUUCAGAACCACGACCCGAACAGGAUCCUCCGGAAGCAUUUUACUUCACAAAAGAGGGAAGAACGCUGAUCCACUCGCAACCUCCGACCGCCUACGCGUGGGGUUAUCCUUGGCCCCCGUGCCCCACCAAUUUGGCCAAGAACAAAGUAUUUCGUCCGAAGGAGGCCGCCCUUCCAGAAAAAGUGGUGCAAGAAGUCGUCCAGGAGUUUAGGAAGGAAUCAAAACCGUUAAGUGUUACAGAAAUCGAUGGGAAACCGUUAGAUCGAAGUAUGAUUCCUGAAAUUGAAUUGGCACUGUAUUGGGAUCGACAUCCAUUCGAAUUUAGACCGACGACGGGAUCUCAGGAUGAUAAAAACUGUAAAAGGUCACAAUCUGACCAAAAUCUGUCUCAAGUGGGGGGACUGAUAGUGAAUAAUUGUGGUGGUUCGGGUAGCCCGAGAUCUUCGAGAUGUUCAUCGAAAGACAAUAAUAUUGUUCAUAAUCCGAGAAGAUCGUCAUCCGCGUGUUGCAGUACGGUGACCAGAAGCUCGAGAGGCUCUGAUUCAAAGGGAACACACAAUAAGGACCAAUUUCAUAAUAAUAAUAAUAAUCAUGACGAGACUGUCAAAAAAAUCCAUAAUAAUAAAAUUCCCCACAUUUUGCAAGUCCUGAACACGACGGAAAAACGAAAAUUUAACGAUAUUCAGCCCCCAGGAUCUAACCAUUUUAAUUACAAGCCUCCAAAUGUGGUGCGUCAGAUAAGUGAUCAUCAUCGUAACCAUAAUGGCACGCUUAAAAAUCAGCAGAACAAAUCCAUCGGGGUGCAAGUGACCUUGGACGGUGUCAUAGCAGAAGCGAUGAAAUCCACGUAUUUGUGUCCACUUCACGGCCAGUAUAAACGAGGGGUGGAUCGCCGAUCGAAAAGUGGCUUUCGAACAGACAUGGCCACUGCGGGGAGUGAAAAUCCGCAUGCCCACUGCUCCCGAGGAUUAAGGUCCAGAUCGAGGACCAAAUUAGUCAAAACGGCGGAAUGUCAGACUGAUCAGAGUGACGGAGAAAGGGAAAGCAGAAAGUUGGUGAGGUCAAAAACUGCUCCAGCAAUGCGAAGAAAUAUUAAUCCGAACAUGAUUUCGGAACAAAGUGCAAAUUUUAGAAAUCCUGGACACAUUUCGGCCGCUGAAAAUAGGAAGUUAAGAAAUAAAAUUCUUUCGUAUUGUUUCACGAAACAUUCGAUAUUUUGAGUGAACAUAGACGCCCAGGAUUUUUCAUGCAAAUUUCAUAUUUGUGUGUAAAAAUAUCCAUGAAUUUAGAGACAAAUAUGCAACGUGAACAAUUUUGCUAUAAAAACGUAAAUCUGUGCACAAUCAUUAAUUCGUCAUCAUAAACUUGGCAAUCAGCAAUAAUUAUGUACUUUUGAAAUCAGCAAUGCAUUUAUUAAAUAGAUAACACAAAAUAAUAACAAGAAGUAUUUAACUGACAAAAUAAAUUCGCCCGUAACGGUCAUCAUCAUUGAUAAACAAGAACAAGAAACAAUAAAAAUUGAGAACUCUGAUAAAGUUAUUUAACUAAAAAACAAAACAAUCCGUUAAUGACAAAAUUCUUCAACUAAGAACAAUUAUAACAGAAUAUAAGCAACUUACAGGAUGUCGAUGGAAGAUUCAAAAUUCAACUAACAAUUUGAUUGACCAUGUAAAAGUGACAAGACAAAGGUCUAAAUCUAAUAUUUAAACUAUAUAAACUUAUCUUUG